UAAAGGUGAAUCGAUUGCGGUCCGGUUCUAAACGUGAAUCGAUUGCGGUACGGUUCUUGAAACAUAAAUCGCUGUACUUUGAUAUCACAACCAAAUAAUUUCACAAAUGCAAAAUACACAUUUAAUGUAGUGAACACUGUUUUAACCGUUGCAGCUGACAGUUUUUUUCAGUGAAAACAGUUUGUGGCAUCUGUCUUCCGUUUACACACAGGUUAGAUGCAGUAACGUGUAAAUAUGGGCGUGUGGGAAUCUAACCCAUAAAGGCGUGUCAGUUUAACAACUUGUUUAUUUUUUCGCCGAUAUGAAAGAUACGGUUAUUAUGCUUCCAAAACCGUACAGCAAGCUAUGCCGUUAAUGUUCAGAUAGACCGUCGCGGCUCUUAUUAAUAAUAAAACUCGCCCUAACAGAAAACGCCUUCAUCCAAGACUCUCUAAAUGUAAUGGAACUGAGAGUCAUGAUCAAAGCCAUAACCAUGAACCAUUAUGUGGACAGUCAGUCACGAUGAUAAUAAGUAUGUUGUCACCAAAAAACAUCUCAUAACAGUGACAACAUGACAUGUAAGCAGUUGAUACACAGCCCAUCACUUCACUACAACCGGGCGUGGCUCGCUAACGUUAGCUUGUAUAACGUUAGUAAUGUACACCUAGCCAUUUUACUUACCAGCUGGUCGUCAAUCACAGCACCGUUAAAAUAUAUGCGAUAACUUACGCGUUCCCAUCCGUUCUUAUGUUAAUUCUAAGACCGAUGUCAAGACGGACAUUUCAAAACACUAUCUAGACAAUCAAAAUGUGUGAUGACAAGUUAAUGUUAGCUGGUUGUGCUAAAAACAAAAGAGAGGGAGCUAUGUGUUAUAGUAGCUAUGCCACAUAAAAUGACUCCCAUUUCAGAAGCACACAGCUGGCUGUCAGUGAAAGCUCCUAGUUGGAAAUACAACAGCAGAAAAAGAGAAGGUGUUUGCCUAGAGGAACAUGUUUAUUUGAUUAAAGAUGCCCUGCGUAUAUAAAAUUGAAGACGUGAGUAAAAGCUGAUACGUUCUGCCAAGUGAAGACGCGAACCUGUUCAAUGGUCGCUGUUUCACCCGGUCAAUAGAAAAGUGAACACACUCAGAUGUAAACAAGAGAAAACAUGGCUUCGCCCUUGAUCAGGUGCUUCACAAAGGUUGGUAGGCAGGUGUCCCGACCAUGGAGUGUGUGCCAGCAUGGGCUGCGGAACAGAUCCACCCAACCAGACGUGUCUGCAGAGCAGGCUGCUGCUCUGGGGGUCUCCUACCCUCCACUACAGACAUACUCUGAGGAGGAGGGGAUGAUGAGGGAUGCUGUGAACAAGUUUGCACAGGAGCGUCUUGUCCCGUUUGUGUCGAAGAUGGACGAAAACUCUCAUAUGGAUCCGGAAGUGAUAAAGUCCCUCUUUGAACAGGGGGUAUCUGAUGGCAUAGAGAUCGACCCAGAGUACGGAGGCACCGGAUCCACGUUCUUCUCCUCCAUCCUGGUCAUUGAGGAGCUGGCCAAAGUGGACGCCUGUGCCGUGCUGUGUGACAUCCAGAACACCCUCAUCAACACACUGUUCACCAAGCUGGGGACCGCAGGCCAGAAAGAACGGUAUCUCAGCCGGCUGUCAACAGACAUGGGUCACAGAGGUAUCACCUGCUUUAUCGUGGACAGAGACACAGAGGGGCUUCAGAUCGGCAAGAGGAACAAACUGGGUCUGAGAGCUCUUCAACCUGUAGGCUCUUCAACCUGUCCUCUCAACCUGGAUAACAUCAAGGUUCCUGAGAAGAACAUCUUGGGUCAGAUCGGCCACGGAUACAAGUACGCCAUCGGCAUGCUGAAYGAAGGCAGGAUUGGGAUCGCUGCUCAGAUGCUGGGACUGGCUCAGGGCUGCUUCGACCAGGCCGUUCCCUAYACCAGACAGAGGGUUCAGUUUGGCAAACGCAUCUUCGACUUCCAGGCCAUGCAGCACCAGAUAGCCCAUGUAGCCACCCAGAUAGAGGCUGCCAGGCUGCUUACCUACAACGCUGCCCGGCUGAAGGAGGCAGGAAGACCUUUCAUCAAGGAGGCCUGCAUGGCCAAGUACUUCACCUCAGAGGUGGCAACGUUGACCACUUCAAAAUGCAUCGAGUGGAUGGGAGGGGUCGGCUUCACCAAAGACUACCCUGUUGAGAAAUACUACAGAGAUUGUAAAAUAGGUACCAUUUAUGAGGGCACGCACAACAUCCAGCUGUCCACCAUGGCCAAGUUUAUAGACAGGAGUAUGACCUCUGACCUGGUCUGGUCUGUUUCCUCAUCAUGGAGACUGACCUGACCUGUCUGGUCUGUAUCCUCAUCAUGGAGACUGACCUCCUGACCUGACCUCCUGACUGUAUCCUCAGCAUGGUUGACUGACCUCCUGACCUGGUCUCCUGACCGUAUCCUCAUCAUGGAGACUGACCUGGUCUCCUGACUGUCUCCUCACAUGGAGACUGACCUCCUGACCUGACCUCCUGACCGUAUCCUCAUCAUGGAGACUGACCUCCUGACUGUUUCCUCAUCAUGGAGACUGACCUCCUGACCGUACCUCAUCAUGGAGACUGACCUCCUGACUGUAUCCUCAUCAUGUAGACUGACCUCCUGACUGUAUCCUCAU